GGGGGUGUUUCCAUGAUUGGAUCCUACAAAUUAAGGGGUGUGGGGAGAACAAGAAGGCUCUUUCUGUCAUACUGAGGAGGAGAGUAAUCUCCAUUUCUUUUCCCUUGGUCUGUGAGCAGCACAAUCAGCAAAGAUGACGACAGACCAACAAAUAGAGGCCAGGUCCUUCCUCAGCGAGGAAAUGAUCGCUGAGUUCAAGGCCGCCUUUGACAUGUUUGACACUGAUGGCGGCGGUGACAUCAGCACCAAGGAGUUGGGGACCGUCAUGCGAAUGUUAGGUCAAACCCCGACGAAGGAAGAGCUGGAUGCCAUCAUAGAGGAAGUGGACGAAGAUGGCAGCGGUACCAUCGACUUUGAAGAGUUCUUGGUUAUGAUGGUGCAGCAGCUAAAAGAGGAGGCGAAGGGCAAAAGUGAAGAGGAGCUGGCAGAGUUUUUCCGCAUCUUUGACAAGAAUGCUGAUGGUUAUAUCGAUGCAGAAGAACUGGCAGAAAUUAUCCGCUCCUCAGGAGAACAUGUCACAGAUGAAGAGAUUGAAGAGCUAAUGAAGGAUGGAGACAAAAAUAAUGACGGCAAAAUUGACUUUGAUGAGUUCUUGAAGAUGAUGGAAGGUGUACAGUAAACUGACAUUCCUCAACAACUUUAUCUUGCUGUCUCAAUUUCACUUCAUCGUCAUCAUCCUCAUCAUCAGUUUGUAAAAAAUGUUUUCAUCCUUCUCUUCUCUUCUCCUUGAACUGUUACAAAUAAAACCUGUGACCUGAGAAGCUUUAGUGCCACUUGCAGAGUAUUAUAUGCAGAAGCUUUCCACCAGUCAUCAGUUGCGUUAGUCGUUAUUUGCUCCAGCUGUUUUGUAAGGUACUCGCAUGGCUAACUCAGAAAUGCUGAGAUUAUCCAGUGCUAAUCCAGAUUUCAUGUUCACUGGAAUAUCGCAAUCUGCAAUGUGACUAGAAACAAGCUGAAAUAAAACUGUGGAUUUCUA